AUGGUUCAAAACGAAGCACCCUACGACCCCUAUAUCCCUUCCGGCUCCAACGGAGCACAGGGCAACGGCCAGAAUGGCAACCAGCGUACCGCCGCAUUGCAAGCACAAAUCGAUGACACCGUCGGUGUGAUGCGCGAAAACAUCAACAAGGUGUCGCAACGUGGUGAGAACCUCGACUCUCUGCAGGACAAGACCGACAACCUGGCUGUCUCAGCCCAGGGUUUCCGCCGCGGCGCCAAUCGCGUGCGCAAAGACAUGUGGUGGAAGGAUAUGAAGAUGCGCGUGUGCCUGGUCAUUUGCGUCAUCGUCCUCCUGAUUGUCAUUAUCGUGCCUUCUGUGGUUGCCACCCGGGGGCACUAA